AUGGCUGAUUUUGCAAAGAGCAUAUUUGGCUUUAGCGGUUUUCACAAGAAGGGUGGUUCCCCAGAAGUCCAAGGACAGGGGGGCGAUGGACAGGAACAAAGUUACCCGUCCCCUCAUGGUGAGGUCCAUAUCGAUGACUCUGUGUCCGCCUCUAGCGGGAGGUUUCUUCCGAAGGGGUUGGCCAAUGCUACUCCUACGACUGCUAUAUCCAACAACUCGUUGGCUUAUGGUACGACCAGCACUAAACAAACUCAAAAUAGAAGCGACUCGGACUUUUUAAAUACAAUGAAGCAGCAACAACCGUUACAGCAGCAAGACCAACACCAACACCAACACCAGUAUGAGCAGCAGCAACAGCAGCUCCAAAACCACCAACAACAACAAUACCAACAAUAUGAAAGUGCCCCACAACUAUCAUCUCAAGCUCUGUCUCAACCUCACACCAACACCUCUUCGCACUCGUCCCAAUCAUCUAGUCAACCACAACCUAUAAUCAUCACUACAGAUGAAACUGGCCAAAACUAUAAAUCAACAACGAAGGCAUCUUCUCAACCAAAAGGAAAAUUGAGAGUAAAGAUUGUUGAAGCCCGUAACUUAUUGAUCAACUCGACUCACUCACAACCUUAUGUUGUGUGCACUUUCGAACUGAGUGAAUUUGUUACCAAUGCUUCUGGAUCUUACAAUAACAAGACCAUUGGCGCUGUAUCUAUGUACAACAACACUAACAACAACCAAUAUGAACCAAACAGCAUAGGUAAGAAAAGACCACCUUUAUAUCAAAGACAAUCUUCUAAUCAACACAUGAGCAAUACAAGUGCAACACAACAAAAUAUUGGUUCUUCAAAUCCAAUUUGGAAUCAUGAGGCCACAUUCGAUGUUGUGGGAGUUAAGCUGGAGUUGGAUAUUUCAGUUUACGAUGCUGCGACGGAUGAUUCAUUUUUGGGCCACUUAAGAAUUUUCCCAUCAACAGGUGGUGAAAAGAAGACCAAGCUGAAUGAACAGUGGUUGGAUUUGAAGGCCAGAGUUAUAGGUGAAAGAGUUCGUGGUCAAAUCAAGUUGGUUUGGGAGUACACUUUGUUAGAUACAAAGAAACUGUUUGGACCUGACGAUUUUGAUGUGUUAAGAUUAUUAGGAAAGGGGACUUUCGGUCAAGUUUUCCAAGUUAAGAAGAAGGAUACCAAUAGAAUAUAUGCGAUGAAGGUGUUGUCUAAGAAAGUUAUUGUCAAGAAGAAAGAGAUCGCCCAUACUAUCGGUGAGAGAAAUAUAUUGGUAAGAACUUCGGCUGCUGAAUCAUCUUUUAUUGUUGGACUAAAAUUCUCCUUCCAGACACCUACUGAUCUUUACUUGGUGACAGAUUAUAUGUCUGGAGGUGAGUUGUUUUGGCAUUUACAAAAAGAAGGUAGAUUUACCGAAGAGAGAGCUAAAUUCUACAUUGCAGAAUUGAUUUUAGCAUUGGAACAUUUGCAUGACAACGACAUCGUCUAUAGAGACUUGAAGCCUGAAAAUAUCUUACUUGAUGCCAACGGACAUAUUGCCUUGUGUGAUUUUGGAUUGUCAAAGGCAAAUUUGAACAAUGAUGGUACUACUAACACUUUUUGUGGUACCACUGAGUACUUGGCACCAGAAGUUUUAUUGGACGAGUCAGGAUAUACGAAGAUGGUUGAUUUUUGGUCAUUGGGAGUUUUAAUUUUCGAAAUGUGUUGUGGUUGGUCACCAUUUUAUGCAGACAAUACUCAACAAAUGUAUAAGAAUAUUGCAUUUGGUAAAGUGAGAUUCCCAAAAGAAGUAUUAUCACCAGAAGGUAGAUCAUUUGUGAAAGGCUUACUAAAUAGAAACCCAAAGCAUAGAUUGGGAUCAGUGGGCGAUGCCAGAGAACUUAGAGCCCAUGUAUUUUUCGCAGAUAUUGAUUGGGAUUUAUUGAAGAAGAAGAAUAUUCCACCACCAUUCAAGCCCCAUUUAACAUCAGAGACCGAUACUUCUAAUUUUGAUCCCGAAUUCACCAAUGAAAGUACAUCAAUUUUAAAGAAAAAUAUGGAUUUGGCAUCAACUCCAUUAUCGCCCGGUAUCCAAGCAAAUUUCAAAGGCUUUACUUACGUUGACGACUCUACCAUCGAAGAUCAUUUCAGUAAGAGUCAUAAAUAUAGAAACCCAGGCAGUUUGAUAUAUGGGAAUCCAAACUUACCACCUGAUGAAGAUGUAAUUGAUGACGAUAGAAUAGACGAGGAUGAUGAAAUGGAUAUCGAUGAACAGGACAACAUGGAAGAUGAGGAAUUUGUGAACGGAAGAUUUGACUUGUAA